AUGUCACACACAGACGCUCGUCGUCGUCAACUUGCUACUCCGCAAAGACACGCUGCUGUAAUCAAAGACGGCUUUGAAGAAUUACGUCGACAAGUGCCAUUUGCGUAUAGUAAUAAUGGAAGGAGAAUGAGUAAAGCCACUUUAUUGCAAAAAACCGCGCAUCACGUUAAAAAACUGAGAUCAAGGGAGAAUUUUCUUCUCGAAGAGAUCAAUAGGCUUAACAGAACUGUAUUGUGCCUCAGCGCUCAAUUGGAAAACGAGAGAAA